UACAUUAUGAUUGACAGCUGCCCAACUUCAUGGUGGAAUCCACCAAUCAAGCGUGCUUGUAAGAAAAGCAAUUACACCGCUGACCCUCUCGUGGCUUUACCGGUUUUUGAUGUAACAACAAACGUUAGUUAUGCCAAUAUAUACUGUGCCAUGUGCAAUGGAAAGUCACGCAAUCUUCACUUCUGGAGUGUCAAGAUUGUACACGCGCCGUGCAGAAGUUCUACUUUGCAGGAUAUUAAAUAUACCGAUACCGUUUGGCAUACAAUACCGAUUGAUGCUAAAAAGACUGAAAAAUGUAUUGCAACACCUCUUGUGGCCAAUAGAAAACCUCGUCGUAAGAUCGAUCGUUUAUGUCGUUCAUACGCAAAUGUUAUUGAAUGGCUCGAUGGAAAUCAGCCGAUGCGUUUGUUAAAAAAUCCUCACUGUGCUUUAUUAGAAGAUGCAACAGCUCUAGUUAACAAAACCGUCAAUUGUCCAACCAAUGUUAAUGUUCCCAACGUCGGAAUCAGAGAUUAUUCAACGAUUUUCGUGUUCUCUAUUUAUGCAGAACAUUUCAAUGAUAGCUUCGUAAAGACCGUGCCUGUGAAAUUUAGUUGUCCUGUUCACACGUUUUACAAUCCGUUCGAAGAAAAAUGUUUGUUGGUACCCAGUAAACAUUCCUCUGUUGAGAACAAGGACACUAAGAACGUCUCUCACACCAACGAUGAAUCUCGGAGUACAACGCCCACUACGCAUGUACACGAUCCACGCAUUGACAAGGGCAAGGACACUAAGAACGUCUCUCACACCAACGAUGAAUCUCGGAGUACAACGCCCACUACGCAUGUACACGAUCCACGCAUUGAAAGCGGAAAAUCAUCGGAUUAUUCGCUUACUCUUCGCAUCACCACCUGUGUCGGAUUCUCCCUGUCAAUCACUGCCCUGCUCUUCCUGCUGAUGACGUAUUUCCUAUUCGCUGAGCUGCGCACAUUUCCUGGUAAAAUGGCGAUGCAGUUGUCAUGCGCGAUGAUAGCCCUGCAGUCAGUAUACUUUGCUUCAGACACGGAUGUUGUUUCCUGGGCAGUUUGUGCCGUGAUGGGAGCUCUGUUACAUUAUUUCAACCUGGUUGUAUUUCUAUGGACGGGCUGCAUCGCCCACGAUACUCACAAAACUUUCACAAACCCAAGUAAGUGUAUUGCGCUAUAG